GUAUUCUAUUUUGUUUAUAGUCAAACAAAGCCAAUGUCGCUGGAAAACACUGCGCGAUCGUUUUGUGCGCGAAUGCCACAAAUGCAGCGAUUCACAAAUGGAUUCCAGCCACUGGCGAUACUUCAAGCAGCUCCACUUUCUGCUGGAGCACAUCAAACCACGCGGCUGCGGUAGCCUGGAUGAUCAACAACUCGAUUUAGAAGUCGAUCUAUCACUUGACAAUGACGAAACCAACCGCAGCUACUCCAGCGAUCCGCACUGCAAGAGCGAGGCCAACGGGGAGGAUCCGCUGAGCGAGGCAUCGUCCAGCACACAGCUACAACCGUCGCAGGCACAAGAGGAGUUCGUUAGAGUAAUGGGAUUGCUGGAGACCGUCUUGGCGCAGAAGCUCAACGAGCAGCCGCCGACGGAUGUGCCUCAAGCGGAUCCCUUCUACAAAUAUCUCGAGAGCAUUCUGAGUCGCGUGGAGGCAAGCGCACGCGCGGACAUCCAAUUGGAAAUACUCAAUUUUGCCAAUCAGUUAGUCAAGAAUGCAAAAACACAAAGUGCCAGUUAAUAUAUAGAGAUAGUUAUAGGAUAAGCUGAAGGGAAUGGUAGAUACGCUGUACGCACACUAGCUUAAGGAUGAAUCAAAUGAGUAUCAACUGGUUAUGGACACCGAUUUGUAUCGAUAACACAAGACAUCAUGAAACUAUCGAUAACUAGAAACGAAUCUGAUUACAUUUUCGAAUUACAUUUCGAAUUUGAAGUCUCUAGUUCGCAUCAACUCCGAAAUAUGCCUUAAUUGUUAUCGAUAUCUGUAUCGAUAUCAAGAUCCCAUGGAACUAUCGAUAAUUAGAAACGAUUCUGAAUACAUUAUCGUAUUACAUUGCGAAUUAACCGUCUUUAGUUCGUAUCAACUCCGAGAUAUAACUUAAAAUACCCUUUUUAUAGUUUAUAUACAUAAUUAGAACUAGAAUUGUUGUUGAUCUUGGUCCGAAACUCACCUGUGUGUGUUUUUAAAUGCGUGCGCAGAUUCCCGAUGGUGCUGUAGCUGCGGUAACAGUUCUCGUAGUUGCAUUUGUAGCGGCUGAGAGCUUCGUCCGAGCUCUGCGAGUUGCCAACGAAGAAUAAACAAUAAAUAUUAGUUAAA